AUGGUUACCCCGGCGGCCCCCGGCCGGAUGCGUGGGCGCGAGCCCGCGACCUUUGCUGUGCGCUGCGGCUGGGCCAUGGCAGCCAGGAGGCUGCCCGCCUGCCGCUCGCCAACCUACCAACAACCUCUUCCACGCGCCCAGCACCAACAACACCACCACAAAGGGCCUCGGCAACAGGGCGGCGGGGGAGGGAGGCCAUUGGGGAAGGGGGAUGAGGGACCGGAGACGCGCAGGGACGCGUGCCUCCUUACAGCUGCCAAAAACGCCCGUUCGCCCAACACCACCGCGAACAGGGGCCGCCCCCGCCCGCUCGUCAGGGAGGACACCCCCUCCAGGGGGACCCACGCCCUCGCCGCACCGCGGCUUCGCUCUGGGGACCUCCCCGAGCCCUCGCUGCCUCGGCCUCAGAGCCCUCUCAGGAGGCGGCGGAGGGAGGAAGGAGGGCCCGACCAGGGCCUGCCUGCCUGGACACAACCAACCCCGCCCGGGGACGGCGGGGAGCCGACCACGCUCGGGAUACCCGUCCGCGGCCGCGAGGGAGCCCGCCCACCGAGGCCUCGUCGCCGGCCCGGCGCCGCCCGCCCGCCAGCCAGCCAGUCCCAAAACGCCAGCGACCCAAAUUCGUACCCAUACACUUGUCGCCGCGGCCGUUCGCACCACCACCCCAAACGGCCGCCCUCUCGCCCGCCCGUCAAGGCGCACGCCCCCUCGCAGACCCCGACAGAACCGAGGCUCCGGGAACGCCCUCGCUCGCCGCUUCUCCCGCACCACGGACACGGGCCCAAUGGCCCCAGGCCCGGGAGCGCGCAGCCCGGCUGCGGCCCGCAACACAGGCAGGGCGAAGCUGCUCGGAGGCAGGGAACGUUGCUGCACGGCCGGACCAAGAGGCCAAGAGGCGAGGGCCAGCGUGCGCGGGUGGUCGAAAAAGGGGCCUUGCCCGCUCGCAAGGCCAACGGCAACGGCGGCAAGCGACCGUCCGCACACGGCCUGCCUGCCUGCCGUCCGUCGUCCGUCCCCAGCUCGUCCCCUGCCGCCAACCCACUUCCACGCCCGGGGAAGGCGGUGGCGGCGACCUGUCUGCCUCCGCAGACCAAAUGCGGCCACAGCCAGCUCGCCCCCUUGCCGCCAACCUACCGCAACGGCCGGGGAAGGAGGCGGAGCCUGGGGGCGCCCAGGCCGCCCGACCGUGACCGCCAUGGGGCCGCCGCCUCGCCCCGCGCGUCUCGCUCUCAGCCGCUGGCCCGGACCAGCCUUGCCCCCGCAGGGUUAGCGGCUCGGCCUUUCACACACCACCACCGGAAACAGGUCCUCCUGCUGCUCAUGUCCCACCGAGCGGAGGGCUCUGAGGAACAGGCAGAGGAAGAAUGGGGGGGACCCCCACACCCCCUAACCCCAUCCCCCUGUAGUAGCAAGGCUUCAGUGGAGAGAUCUAAGUUUUUAAAACUUUUAGCCUUUACCUCUAAGCUUAUUGCUUCUAGAACUUUCUUAUUUGACAAGAAACUUGUGCAAUUUGAAGCCACCCUCCGAGCAUAA